AUGUCCCAAAGCAGCAAGGCGGGCUUUUUUGUUGGCGUCAGAAGAAGCCACCACGGCUUCUUCUUCUUCUUUUCCUCCUCCUCCUCCUACACCACCCGCCCGUCCUGCGACUCCAGUCUUGCCAGGUGA